UGGUAGCAACCACAGUACAAACACAACAACAAUUCUACAAGCUGAGAGAAACAUUUCCACAACAAAAAUUCACAGUGAAGUUUAAAGAUUAUUGCAACCUAAUAAUAAGAGAAGAUAUUGAUAUGGCAUCAUUCAUUUUUCUCGCAACAUUUCUUUGCUGUUGUCUGAGCAGCCAUGCUUUACCUGUAAAGUUUUCUAACGGACAAAAUAGUGUCUGCAGUCAAGAACCAAGGGAUGUAUUUCUUGUCGUGGAUGGUUCGGCAAGUAUUGGAAUGAACCAAUUUGAAAGAGUUCGGGAAUUCAUUUUUCGACUGAUCAAAGCAGUGAAAGUUCACAAAGAUUAUACUCAUUUUGGACUCAUGCAGUUUAGUACAGAAGAGAAGACAAAAAUUGAAUUUGGUCUUGACGAAUCGCAUGAUUCUAGUAUUUUACUUGACAAAGUACAAUCAUUAAAGUACCAAAGUGGAUCAUCAACAAGAACCGGAAAUGCUCUAGAAAUUGUGGAAAGAGAGAUAUUUACACCUGGAAAAGAUGGCAGACCCCAUGUCCCAGACUAUCUUAUCAUAUUUACUGAUGGCCAAGCAAAUGAUCGAUCAAAAACCUUUAGAAAUGCUAAAAAACUCAAGGAUAAAGGCGUCAAAAUUGUUACUAUUGCGGCAGGGAACAAGAAAUUAGAAUUCUUAAAUCAACUUGAAAAGAUAGCGAGCACACCUUCUGAUGUUUGGAUGGCUGACUUUGAUAACUUAGAUGAAAUUGUAAAUGUGGUUGCUAAAAAUGUUGUCAAUGAAGUUUGUCCAACACCUCCCCAGGACUACACUACAAUGAUUUGUUCCCAAGAGCCGCGUGACGUCUUUCUGGUCGUGGAUGGCUCUUCGAGUAUCGGGAGGACACAUUUUGAAAAAAUUCGCAGUUUUUUAACCACACUCGUCAAAACUGUGGUCGUCAAUGAAAAUAUGACUCAUUUUGGUCUUUUGCAGUUCAGCAGUCGUGAAAAAACAAAGAUCGAGUUUUCUUUAGAUUAUUCUUUUAGAGAAGCAACAUUGUUGAAUCGUAUCAAGUACUUAAGAUAUCAAGAAGGCACAAGUACUUAUACUGGAAAUGCAUUAAAGAUUGUGGAAGAAGAGGUGUUUACGAUACAAGGCGAUAAUCGACCGGAUGUUGAAGAUAUUUUAAUCGUGUUCACAGACGGCGCAACACGUGAUCAAAGUGUGGCUGUUACCUAUGCUGAUAAGAUGAAACAACAAGGUGUUAAGAUUAUUGGAAUUGCAGCUGGGUCAAAACGUGACCAGUUUAAGCAUCAGGUGGAGGAAAUUGCUAGCGGACCUGAAGAUGUUUUUAUGGUUGAAUUUGACGAACUUCAUAAAGUUAUUUCUAAACUUGUCAAUUCUGUUUGCAAAGCUCCACCUACGACAAAACCACCUACAACAACUCGUAAAGCCACCACUACUCUUCCUCCUACAACAACCCCCGCGCCAACGACGACUCCAACACCAUCUAUAUGCCACAUUAGGGAUAAACGAGAUGUAUUAUUCCUGCUUGACAUCCCUAGGCAAGUAUCAAUCAGACAGUUUCAAAUGGUAAAACAAUACUUGAAAAAUCUGGUGCAGAAAAUGCCAAUUAAGGACGAUCGUUUUAUGAUCGGAAUUAUGAAUGUCGGAGAUAGUGCAGAGCCCAAAAUGUAUUUGGAGUUUGAAGAAGGUUUAACGCUAAAUAAAUUGCAGUACAAGAUUGACAGAUUAAAACGGAAGGGUUCUAGAUAUGGCUUUAAUGUUGCUGGUUAUGAACAAGCAGGAUACCAGUUUCACCAGAUGAACACGAAGUAUAACCGUUACGAUGUUGAUGACGUAAUAAUCUCUCUGACAACCCGCUCAUUGCGUGACUGGCCGACUUGGGAUAGUGACGUCACAAAGGCUUCACGUGAUAUCCAAAUGUUUGCUGACAUGCGAACAAAGAUAAUAACUGUGGCCUUAGGUGACCAGCGUCCUCGUAUCUCUAUGCAAAUGAAUCAGAUUAAAGUGUUUGAUAGUCCACUCAUCAAGUCAAGUUAUAAAAGACUGGUGAAGAGUGAUGCAAAAGUACUUGAUGUUAUGCAUAACAUAUGUCCUUCUAUUCAAACAGGAACUUUAUUUCCUCAGCAAGAAUGUGAACGAACACCUCAUGACAUUUUUUUUGUCGUUGAUGGUUCAGCAAGCAUUAAAUCUCACAACUUUCUUCAUGUGAGGAAAUUUCUUAUGGAUCUCCUCUACAUGUUACGAGCAGGAAUUUCUGAUAUUAACGUUGGAAUGCUACAAUUUAGCGAAGUGGAAAAACUGCAGUAUUGAUGGAUCUUAAUAAACAUCCUUUUAUUGAACAAAUGAAGAAAGUAACAAAAAUGGUUUAUCAAGCUGGAACACGUACUAUGACUGGUGAUGCUCUCACUCUUGUGGCUAAUCAGGUUUUCAACGGAAAUCCCGAAAAUGGCGACAGACCAAAUGUCCAGAAUGUCUUAAUUCUAUUUACCGAUGGAAAUGCUCAUGACCUUCCAGUUGCUUUGAAACAAGCUAAAGAGCUAAAGUCACGUGGUGUACGCGUGAUAACGAUUGGAGCUGGAGUGAAGAGGAAUAUUAAACGAUUUGAACACGAACUGAAAGAAAUGAGUUCUGAUCCACAGAAAGACUUUUUAAUGGUUGACUUCAAAGAUCUUAACGGAUUUGCAAACAAGGCCUUCCCGCUAAUUUGUCGUGGCAGGUAGAAAACUAAGAAAGAUAAUGUGACGGAUAGGAAUAGAGCUUAAGAAUACAAAUGUUUUGUAAAAUAAAUAUUGAACAAGAUUUGAAUCAUUAGUUUGAAGAUCGAAGUCCACAUUCCAAAAUUCCAUAAAAGUCAGGCGAGAAAAAACUGGCAAACAACCAAUAAUGUAAA